GUCAUGUCGGGCCGAGGCGCUGCGCCAUCUUAUUCCUGCGCCUGUUUCUUCACUGAUAACAUCUUCAUAGAGGAAUACCAUCUUCAUGUCAGGUUUACAGACGUGCAGCAGUUCACCAGGGACUAUCAGGAGGCUUUACAAAGCAAAGGAUGCCAUGGCGUCGAGAAGUUUGCACAUUUACUGGAAACGGUUAAGAAAGAGGUACAGAGACGAAUGACAUUGGCAGAAGAAUCAAUUCGAAGAAAGGCAGAAAUUUCACUUUAUUAUAAACCAUUACACCCAGAAGUAUAUGUUCUGCAGGAGUGUUUUUUAGCUGAAGAAUUUUUGGAAGCUGUUCGUUUUUGUGAGUCUCCUGAUGCAAGUUUGGAAGGUCUCUUAAACCAUCUGUAUUCAAUCCCAGGUAAAAGGAUAUAUAGUUUCCCUAUAUUUGUUCCUCAGUUCUGCAGAGACUUUGUGGAAGAACUUGAACACUUUGAGAAAUCACACUUGGAAAAGGGACGGCCAAAUACAAUGAAUAACUACGGGGUCCUUCUGAAUGAGCUUAGAUUAGAUGAGUCCUUUGCUACUCCUCUUCGUGAGAAAUAUCUGCGUCCCCUUGCCUCUGUUUUAUAUCCAGACUGGGGUGGGGGCUGCUUGGAUAGUCACAAAGCUUUUGUCGUACAGUAUUCUGUGGAUAAAGACUUGGAUUUGAGUUGCCACUAUGACAACUCUGAGGUCACUCUGAAUGUUUCACUAGGAAAAGAGUUCACUGAUGGAAACCUGUAUUUUUCUGACAUGAGAGAGGUGCCAUCCAAUGAGAGAAGAUAUACUGAGAUGGAACAUACCAUUGGCCAUGGAAUACUUCACCGAGGUCAGCAAGUUCAUGGAGCACUUCCCAUUACUUCUGGGGAAAGAUGGAAUCUUAUAAUAUGGAUGAGAGCAUCAUCCAUACGCAAUAAACUGUGUCCCAUGUGUAACAAGGAACCCCAACUGGUAGAGGCAGUGGGAGAAGGAGAUGGGUUUACAAUGAUAAAAAAGGAAGACGGAGGAGAAACUGUGGAUGUUUGCACUGUAAUCUGAACAUGUAGAAAAAGUUAAAGGGCUUCUGUCACCCCAUUAAACCGUAUAUUUUUUUUUUCU